AUGUCUUGUUUAUCAGAGAGCGCCGGCUACUUUGGUCCUAGUAGCGUUCUGAUCCAAGGCAGGGGCAAAUAUAGGCACCAUUUCUCGUACAUCAUCCUUCUGAUGUCUGACCCCUGUAACCAUAGGAAUGAGAAUGCCACUGGCAACGACGGGUUGAGUGGUUUGCCCGAUACUACACAAAAGCCUGAGGUCCCGGUCAGGUCAGGCCGCGUGAGUGCCAUUGCAAUGACGGUCCGGUCCGUCUCCAAGAAGUCCAUCCCCCAUCCGUGCGUGCUUUAG